AUGGAUGAUUUGAACUUCGUGACACCCACCGACAAGAAGACUGCUAAUGCUGGGUACACGACACCAGCGCCUAAGCACGGAGACACCCCUGAAGUACCCAUAAUCAUCGACGACAAGGCUACACCUGAAUCGUCCUGCUCGGCACCUAUUGAUUUAACUCUUCCAGAUGCAUUAGAAGAAUUUGAUAGCUUGAACACGAUCUGCCGGAAAGCGAUAGAAAGUGGGAAGAAGGAGGAGAAAAAAGAUGAUGUAUGUGGCAAAAAGGAGGAGAAAAAGGAAGAUGUCUCUGGGAAGCGCAAACGCAAAGCUCCUCGCAAAUUAAGUUCCCCAAGCAUUGUGAUGACCGAGAACUGUCCUAAAUGGUUUCCACGCGCAGUCAGAAAAGGUCCUGAUGCUUUGUUCAACAACGAAUAUGCCACGGACGGAUCAAAUCCGCUGACACCGGAGAUAAUUGACGCGGCUGCCGAGUAUAUUCGGAUAAUAUGCAAAUCUACAAAAAAAAACCAAAGAAGUAAGACUGUGUACGAGAAUGAAGACGGGGCUGUAGCGAGGGCUGAAUUUCUUAAACCUAUCCUUGACCGUGGAUGGCUGUGCGGCACUGUCAUUGAGUGUUACUUGGCUGAGCUGAGAUUAAAAUUGAAGGAUAGGACAAUAUGCCCUGCAUGGAGGGCAAAUUCUAUAGUCGAAAAUCGACCGAGAAGGCAGCGAUGGAAAAAGAAAAACCUUGACACGAUGGAUAUUGCAGAAAUGUCAAGUUGCUACGAAAGAUGCGAGCUGGAAUAUUUUGGCACUAACAAGGCUUAUUUCUCGGUUAACAUUUCCAAAUGCCACUGGGUCACCGUCGUCAUGCACAGUGACAAGAAGGAAUUUCAGGUGCUAGACUCGUUAUGGCGCCUUGAGCAGAGCAAGGAUUUUGUGGAAAAGCUGAGAGAAGAAAUCUUGAAGGACGUCGAGUUUGCGAACAAUGAGAUAUCAACAAAGAAGUAUCCAGACGUUUCGAAAUGGGAAAUUAAAAGAUACCCAAUACCUAUGCAAAGUGAUACGAACUCAUGUGGACUGUUCCUGUUAGCAUGUAUGGAGCACUGGGAUGGAGAUGAACUAACGGCCAAAUUUUCGCAGGAAACGAUAAACAAGAACAGGAAUAUGACUGCCGCCAAAAUUAUAAUGGCAGAAUCAAACAUGCACGAGAAGGCGAAGAAGGAUGUCCUUGACAUCGCGGCGAAAGCACGUGCGUAA